GUGGGAUCGAUGGGUCGAUCAAUAUUGGGACAAAGCAGUUGGCUUCUAGCAAUCUGUGUUGCGAAGUAUAUGUGGUGCAAUCCAUCCGUAGCCAUUUUGGCUCAAGUUUGACUCGAGAUCCUCAAAGGGGCUCCAGCCCAAAGUUCGAGCUGCCUUCGGCGGGCGCGCGGCCACCCAGCCAACAUCGCGAGUCCAAGCCCCAUGACCCCCAAGAUCCUCUUGCCCUGCCUGCUCCUCGGCCUCGCGGAGGCUACCACCUACCCAUCGUGCGACGCGACGACGACAGAAGCCUUUCUCGAAGAGACGACUGAAGAGCCAGCGCCGGACAUCCCCUUGGAGCUCCAAGUUCAGGGCCAGAGCGGCAAGUUCACUCUCGUGCCGAAGGGCUCGUCGGGGGCCUCUGUUGGCAUCCGCGUGACGAUGGACGCGCUGAGGGAGGUGGACGCAGAUGGCAACGAAGUGGGUACGUCUGGGGCUGUGAAGCAUUCGAUCAACACCUUUGCAAGCCAGGACUUCACGGUGGGCGAUAUGGAGACCGUCCGCAUCGGCUCUGGAGUAUCUGCCGCCAAAGUGUCGUUCGAUUCAACCAUCUCGGAGAUCGGACGAAUCGGCGUCGACACCUACGUCAUGGCCCAGUCGGGAACGGUGGGGAUGUCCAACGAGUCGUGGGACGUCAACAUCGGAGACUUGAAGUGGAAUAUCCGCCUGUGGGACUGGACCUGGUGCGACGGCUCCAACUGCAAGCAGGGCCAGACCGAGCAGGUCGGCGCGUACGUCGAGCUCGACAUUACGGUGCAGAAUUUGGGGGGUGGGAGCGCCAACCAGGGCAGCGGGAAGUCCGUGUCUCUGGGCAGCAACGCGACGCUUGAGUUGUCGACGCAGGUGCAGAAAGAUUGCGCGUGGGAGCAGCUGCCGGACGAGUUCCCGUCCAUCAGCACCCAGGGCAGCCAGACCACCGUCACCUUCCGCUUCCCGCGCUUCGAGACCUCCUGCCUGUACGAUCCCGUUCUGUCUGGCGCAGCGGACGAGAUGGGUGUCGACGUCGACUCUCCCACCCCCGCCCCUGCACCCGGUGAUGACGUGGCUGGCGCAGCCGCGUCGGCCACGCUCGGCGCCGUUGCGCUCUGCGCCUUGAGCGCGGUGGCGGCUUGGGCCUAGAGUCGCCAGAGAAGCGGCCUCCGACAUUUUACGCUCAAUGCCCCUAUGCCUCAGCAGAAUUGUUUUGAAAUUCUUGGGUAGGCGAGACCCGUCUAUUACGGGUCCGGAGAAAAGAGCGAAGUCUUUUGCUCCCGCCCCACGAUCAGGGAGGGAGGCUUUUCCUCCUCGAAGCCAUGGAUGGGCGAGUGGAGUAGCUCGACCUAUACUUGGCCGCGGGGUCGGGCUGGUGCCCGUCCCUUGCACGAACCCGAGUUCGGCAUCUCGACGCUCCCCUCCGUGACGGCACGCGCCCCAACCGCCAGCGUGGCAGCGCGUGUUUUUUUUUGUUUUUAAUUUCGGGGUUGGACAGGCCUCCUACCCGGACGCGUCGCUUGAGGCAUCGGCCGUGUUCGGUCUGCGAGAGGGCGUCGCGGCCGUCGUUUUUGCGGGUCCAGGUCCGUCGGUUUCGGUCCCAGGCCGUUUUCACUGUGGGGAGGUCUACUAAAGGGAGGUUUGUUCACCGCCGAGAAGAGUCCUCCGACAUUUCACGCUCAAUGCCCCUAUGCCCCAGCAAAAUUGUUUGGGAACUUCGGGGGUAGGCGAGGCCCGUCUAUCACGGGUGCGGAGGCAAGAGCGAAGUUUCUUGCUUCCACCCCACGAUCAGGGAGGCUGUUCCUCCUCGAAGCCAUGGAUGGGCGAGUGGAGUAGCUCGACCUAUACUUGGCCGCGGGGUCGGGCUGGUGCCCGUCCCUUGCACGAACCCGAGUUCGGCUGCUCGACGCUCCCCUCCGUGACGGCACGCGCUCCGCCCGGCGGCGUGGCAGCGCGUGUUUUUGUGAUUGUUUAUUUCAAGACAGUGUGCACGAGAGGUUCUCCUAGUGAUACGGCCUCUCAAUCGGGGCCGCGCGUUCUCUGGGCGCCAGCGUGAAAGCGCGCGCAGCUCGUUGCAGGGCAACGUGCUCGAGAGUUGAGCUUCCGAAGCUCGUCAUCGGGAAGUCUGGUUGGCCGCAAUCUGUGUAUAUCAAUGCACGUGAUUCGAAGUAUGUG